AUGGCGCUGGCAUUUGCGGCGCCCUUUCAGCCGCAGAUCGCGGAGUCGACGCCGCCGGCGCGCAGGACUCCUCCUGCCCCACGCGCAUCCAGCGAUGGCCGGGGGCUGCCACUGGCGGCGAGUUCCAUGGUCGUCGCCGCAGCUGCCGUGGCCAGGCGCAAACGCACCUCGCGGCGGCAGGCCCUGAAGGAGAAAGAUCAGCCGAUGUUAUCGGGCAUCAAGGGACCUGUGAACCUCGUGAAGGACGGCGAAGUCGAAGGGCUACCCUGGUGGUGGGAGGCCUUCUGGGCACUUCCCUUCACGGAGCGCGGAAAGAAAGGCGAGCCGCUCUGCUUGGGGGACACCAUGCACGUCUUUCGGACGAACAUCGAGCAAAUCUUUGGUGGCGAGCCGUCUUACGAUGGUGCGCCGCUUGCAACUGGAGACCUCGCAAGCGCGGGGCUGACUGACGGUACCAUGUAUUUGGGCCUGCAGAAGUAUCAGGAAAACUUCGGCGACGUGUACAAGCUUUGUUUCGGACCGAAGAGCUUCAUGGUUGUUUCUGAUCCGCAGAUCCUCAAGCACAUGCUGCGUGAAAACGUUUUCAACUAUGACAAGGGUGUGCUGGGCGAGGUCCUGGAAGAUGUUAUGGGCAAAGGUCUCAUUCCAGCGGAUUUCGAGACGUGGCGGGUUCGACGGCGAGCCAUCGUACCAGGCUUCCACAAGAAGUGGCUGGACUUCCAAGUCUCGGAGUUCGGCCGCGCCUCGCAGCUCCUGGUGAAGUCGCUCCACGAGGCUGCCGCAGCAGGCAAGACUAUUGACAUGGAGGAGCGUUUCGGCUCUGUCGCUUUGGACAUCAUCGGCAAGUCUGUCUUCAACUACGAGUUUGGAUCCGUGGAGGGCGAGAGCCCCGUGGUCAAAGCCGCGAUCCAGUCGUUGAGAGAGGUGGAGCACCGUGCCCAGACCCCUUUCCAGUACUGGAAGCUUCCCCUCAUGGACGUGCUUAUCGAGCGGCAGCGCGAGUUCACCGACAACAUGCAGCUGCUCAACGGAGCGCUAAACAAGUGCAUCGAGCAGGCAUGCUGUUGCUGA